GGCGGCUAAUACCCCUCUCCAAAUCUGUAGCCUGCGGUCUUUCGGGUCUGACAUUUUCAAUUCAAAUUUAUCCCCAGCGCCGAUUCGAUUCCGGCACCGACGAAUAUUCGCCGUUCACAAUUUCUGGUGAAAAGAGUUGUUCUAAGCAAUUAGCUAAUCCUAGAGAAGUCGAGUGGAGACAAAAGUAUAAGGAAAGUAUGAGUGUAUUCGGAGGAGAUAGCUGGGCGAGGGAAGCGCAGAACAGGAAGAGAAGAAUCGAUGAAUUGAUGGCGGAAAACAUCAGUUCUUCAGCUUAUAAGAAGUUGUCCAGCGGCAAAUUCGCCUGUCUCGUUUGCCCUCACAGUCCCGUCCUCGACACCCAUCUCAUGCUCUCUGCACAUAUUAAAGGGUCUCAUCAUCGAGCAGCAGAGUCAAGACUUGAGGAAAUAGAAUUAGGUAGGCAAGAUGAGAUAAACAAGAGAAUAGCCUUGUCAGAAUGUGGUACUGCCACCUCGAGCACCUUGACACCCAGCCAAUUGUGUAGAUCAGCAAGCAAACCAUUAAUUGACCGCGCAAGGAAAGCUGCUUCUGACAUACUUCAUCAAAAGUUGGAGCAAAGUACUGCUUCUCGAGUGGAUGAGAUCAAAUGCAACAAGGGUGACAGUACAAGUUGCCUAACUAAUAAAAGGAAUAGUCAAUCUGUUCAAAUAGGAGUCACAACAAAUCAAAUUAUCAUGCCUCAUGUGUACGACCGGGAACGACAAGAGAAGGAGCUUAAGUUCACAUCUGCUGGCUGGAAGCGUGAUGGCCAUGGGAAGUGGUAUAAGGAUGAAAAUGUUGAGUUUGACUCAGAUGAAGAAGAUCCUAAUCUCUCUCUUCCAUGACUGUUGGUUGGAAAAAAGCAUCCAUCGCUGCACAUCACUUUCCUCAUAGGGAGUUGAAUACUAGUCAGGUCAACUUCAAGGAUAACCAGGUACAUUCAACGUCUGAAAGUCCAAGCAAUUCAUCGUUAUGAUGCUUGCUCAUGCUACAAGUUAUCAUUAUCAAUAAGCAUGAGAAAGUUACAACGCAGAAGUUUUUCAAUUUAGCAGGAAUGCGUCUCUGAAUAUGAUGCUUUGGUUUCUGUUGGAUAUGAAUGGUGAAUAUGAUGCUUUGAAUGAGAUAGGUUUGUGCACUUGAGCUGGAAUGCAGUGCUCUGCUGGAACUGAUUGAGCAGCUGAGGUGACGGUACUUAAGGGUCUCUGUUUCUGCUACUUUCUCCUUUGAAUCCUCAAUUUGUCUUAGCCACAAAACCUGCACGGUGAAGCGAGUGGGAAGUGAAUUAUUUGGCCUUCAUUCUUGGCAUCUAAUCCGUCUUUCCUCAAAAUAGGUGUAAAAUUACCGAGGCUUACAGUAUAGUGGUAUUUGUGGAAGUCUCCCACACAAUAGUUGAGCAAUUCUCACUUCCCUCCUUCCCAUUCUCUGAUCUCCCAAUGUAAUAGAAAAAAAUUAAAGAGAAGAAGUCUCAAUUUCCUCAUGUGUUACACAAGUCUAGAGAAAGGUAACCAUCUCCGGCUUCAAUAGUUGUUGAUUACUGAGGCUGUCUUUGUCGAUAUUCUAGUUAUGAAAAGCAGCAAGCAAGAACUCAAAUUAUGCAUAGAAGUUAGAACUAGCAAAGAAAUGUAUAGCGUUUGUUUGAAAGUUCCAAAAACAAAGUUUGCAGUA